AUGGAUAGGCAAAUUAAGGAUGUUGAAGAGAGGCUUAAAAAACUUGAAGGCUCCGAAGAUCGUGAUAAGGGGCAAAAAACAGCGUCUCUAAAUGCUACGAAAUCCCAGCUUGAACAUUAUAAAAAUUCCUGUAAUGCAAACCACACUAAAUAUCCUGAGAAUCCUGCCUUGAAGGACAUUGACUCCAAGUUGUCUCAGGUUAAAAAUCUUAAAAAGAGUCUUGAAGGAUUGACUGAAAAUGAUAAUUGUGAAAAGCUUUUAACAAAUCUUUGUGACGGCCUCGAAACAUUCCUCGGCUUCAACUCUGAGUCAAAAGGCUACGAUGGCACUGGCAUUGUGUACUCGGACCUGGACAGGCUGUGUGACGGGGUGAUGGGAUUUUUGUAUCAAGUUCUUAAGGAUGUCAGCGAGAAACAGCCUUACGAAGCAGGUAAGACAAUGUUUUUAGACCGUUUAAAUCGUGAAAUAAAUGCCAAAUUAUGUUCAGGUGUUGAAGGCUUCAAGAGCGUCGUAGACCGUGUCGUCAGCAGAGUCAGGCAGUACAAUGAGAAAGUUGUGGAGUCGAAUUCUAAGGUAAGUGGACCAAUUAAUGAACUUUUAGGUAGAGUGAAGAACGAAUACCCGACGGAAAUCGGUAGGAUUCCAGAUGAAGUAGAUUUGAAAAUUAUGUCAGAUGAGGAAAUUGGCAAGAUUGUCUUGCCGACUAAUGCGUUGACUGAGAAGUGUAUAACUAGCGCAAAGUUAUUUGACACCAAACUUACCAAGUUAACUAAGCAUAUUAAUGAUCUUAAUUAUAAAUUGCGUGACAGUGUAAAAACUACGCAUGAGCGUAUUAAGCAGGAGACUGCACGUGUUGAGGCGAUGUCCAAAAAGGAACGCGAGAACUACGACGCGGUGAUAAAACUAGUUGGCAACGCAUCCGAAAAUUUGAAAAAAGUACUGAAACAGAAAAUUGGAGACGAUGUUAGUGCUGUUGUUAAAAAUCUUAAGAAAAGAGUAUCAGAUAUUCUGGUUAAGUUAAACAAUGUACAUAUAAAUAUGGCGACUUAUCUGUCGCAGCUAGAUACGUGGAGUAAUGAGGCGGAGGGUUUUGUAGAAGAAGCGAUAAGGAAAGUCAAUGAUAUAUUGGAUCAGGUUGAUAACGUAAAUAAUGAAGUCAACAAAAAGGCUAUAAAGGCCGCGGCUGCGCAGAUCAGGGAACUAGGAUUUUCAUUAUAUGAAGCCGGAAAUGACGCUAAAACAAAAGCCCAAGAAGAAGUUACCAAGGCCCUUGCGCAGGUGAAAUCCAUGAACGAGGCGCUUAAAGGGGAUUUGUAUAAGGUGAAGCAAGCGGUGGAAGGGCAGGUGACUGAAAUUAAAAAUAAGAUUGGGAAGUUGUACGAAACAGUGACAGAAAGACCGGGUAGUGCAGUGAAGGAUAUGGAUAAGUUGAUAGAAAGCGUCGUGAAGCAUAUCAAAGUGCACGCUGCAGGUAUCCGAGGCAAUACGGAAGGGCGAUUUAAAGAAGGUCUUGCCGUUGUUGCAAUGAAAGUGGGAGAAAUUGUAAAUGGGAACUACGCUGGUGAAAAUUUUAAGGAGAGAAUCUUGUACGCAUGGUUGACAGAUAUCGUUGAGAAGAAUCCCGUGAAAAAAUACAUUGAAGAUUAUCUUCAGUAUAACGGUGAUCAGUUUGUUAAUCGUGGCAUUAAUGCCAUCACUGACAACGUCAAACAGCAUAUUAAAGAUAAGCUCAACACGCUGACAUCUGCAGGAUCGAAGCGUAUACAAACAACUGGUAACGUCGCGGAGGAUUUGAACACUAUUAAAACAACUCUAGAUUCGUUCGUAUUUGAGUUCGCCGACAAGAUCAAGUCAGGUGACAUUAAAGCUUCUGAUGUUGAAACCAAAUUGGGAAAUGCGCAUGUUCUCAGAACGGGGCAUUCCACAAGCAGAAUAUACUUAGAUGAUGCAGUCAAUUCCAUAGUUAACCAGUUACUUGGUCGUGCCGCAGGUGCUUCUAAAGAAAUUGAAGACCUCGUAAAAAGCUGCAAUUUUUCAUACGUAGACAGUGCGUACAAUAAGGCUAAAAAUUUCGUUGGUAAACUUGAAAAAGCUAUCGGCAAUGGAAGUCCGCUCAGCCCUGGCGAAGACGGCACCGCUAAAGCCGUCGACUCCGCGAUCACGGAGGUGACGAAUCUGCUUAAGGGGAAAUUGAUACCAAACGGUGGUAGUUCAGUCAAUCUUGAUGCUGCUGGCACGUUCACCGAAUAUAAUCGUUUCGUCGACCAAGAUGCUGCCAAACUGCAAUCACUCGCAUCCGAGAAGUUAGAAGAUGUUAAGGAAAAUGCAGGCUCCCUCCCCGCGGCGAUCGGUGAGAUUAAGACAAAAGUGGAGGAGGCUUUGGACAAGAUCGGCGAUGUGAAAGAUAAGCUAUUCAGCAAAGCUCAAGAGGUCACUGACAACCUCAACCUCCUGUGCAAAACAGUCAAGGAUUUGGCUGAAACGGGUGAUGAAAGUGCCAAAGGCAAACUAAACAGGCUGAAACAAAAAAUCGGUAGGGCUGUUAAGGUAGACAAAGAAAGCCUACUAGUGCUUCAUGGCAAGUUUAAAGCGUUGAGAGACGGAGAUUUGGCUGCGUCCAUUGACAUGGCCAACGCAUUCCUCACAGAAGCAUCUAAACUGGAGGCCGAGUGUAUUCGAAGACUUCAACAAAACGUAAAUUGCGAAGUCAACAUCGUCAAAAAGGAGCUCGCGUCACGCAUCGUCCAGAGCCAUGUGACGGUCGUCAAGCUGUUGCUACAGCAAUUCGUCGCCAAGCUGCAGUCGGAGUUGGACAAACUGCCGGCCGCCAUUGAAGAUGACAAGCAUAUUGGCUUCAAAGGUUUCAUGGAGAAACUCUACGAAGGCUUCAACACCAACAUCGUUCCUAAGAAAGAUGACUUAAAACUCGACACUUUGUCCGAGGCCUUCCAAAAUUUCUGCUCACCACUCCACCUCUACCUUAAAGCAGAGAUCGGCAGACAGAACAACGACAACCAUGCCAAGAAACACCCUUCGUCUCAGAGGUCUACAAACAACUACGCGGACGCUGUUGACUGCGUAAAAAAUGAACUCGAGAAAUUAGUUAACCAAAUCAGAGCCGGCAACAGGUACGAUUAUCACGUACCCAGACUGCUGGACGGACUGACCGAUGCGAUCGACGGCCUACACCCUGAGUCAUUUUCUGAGCCGAAUACUCCCCUGCUAGAAACCAUUGCCCAUGGCUUCAGGGGUCUGGUAAGUGAGCUUGGAAAGGCAUACGUCUCCGUCUACGACGGCGCCCGCAAUGUCAACUGGGAGCGGGAGAAUAACCCGGAGACUACAUACUGCGCUAAGAUAUUCUUGACUGCAUUUUCCACAGUCUACGAUGCUGUGCAUGACUUGAGGAUAAAUUGCAAUAGUCUGAAGGGACACCAAAUUCACUCGUCCUCUGAUCUCGGCAGGUUGUUCCUACGGCACGGCUUUAAGGUGUCCGCAGAAAACAAACAGCACUGGGAGCUGCAGAACAAGAGCGUCAUAAACGGUGAAUACGUCGCGAACAGACUUAGCUUUAGGGUCGAAGGUGCGAAAGACAACGAGCAUCUUAAGGAGUGCGAAUCGAAUAAACGCAAGUCUAACGUCCUUUUUAAUCUUUUCGAUAUUCUCAAAUGCAUUCUGCAUCACGUCGACCAGUACAACGCCAUAUGUCACAUCGCUAUACUCCCCAAACCUAGAACGCCAUGUACCGUUUUCGAGAUGCUGGCGUGGCUCUCAGGGCUCACUUACACUUCCGCGUACCAGGCGCUGCUAUCAGACGGGUUCACCAACGUGCUUGAUAAUCCGGAUACGCCGCUUGCUGGCGACGGAGAGAUCAGCGUAUUCGACAUCGAGCAGUCAUACCUAGAGGCGCACCCGCAGACCAUCACGUAUAAGAGCAUACGGACGGUGUUGCAAUACCUUUGUUCGAAAUCGUACGAUUUGCUUACCACCGUUGUUGGCCACGGCGACGCGGCGACAUUCUACGCUUGCGACUAUUCGAAUAACACGCUGAAUCUGUACUACCCGAGCUCCGGCGAAGAUUGUUUGCAGAUGUUGCUUGACUUCCUCCGUAGAAUUUUGCAGCCGCUCAGGUAUUUGUUUGAACGAUGCAGUGUCGCAGACAAGAACUACGGAUGGGCCGACUGCCACUACGGCAGGGACGUACCUACGACCAAAUCGCACUGCAACAUCAAGCCAACGGACGAUGUAACGUGCCUACCAAACUGUCAACCAAAUUGCAAACCAAAUUGUCAACCAACAUCGCCAUUGAUGAACUACCUAAGUGACUCUCUACUCGGCUACCUGCCACAUAGAUUGGAGUCUGUUGGAUGCAAAUCUAAAUGCUCCACCUGCCCCUCCACAUCCAGGCUGGGAAUGCCGUGCGUCACACCGCUGGGUUUCAGGGCGUUCUCCGGGUCGACCAAAACAGGCCGUCAGCUAUGUGAGAUAAUUCGCGAAUUCUUAGGUAGUGGCGUGGUUUCAUCAUUGUUUGGCUUGUCACCAACUCCGCCGAAAACGCUGCCGGAGCAUUUCAGUUUCGGGUUAAGCUUGGUUAAUAAGUGGGUCAAAGUUGCAUCUUAUAUUACUGAUGCAGGUAUAAAACCAGUAUCACAAACUAAGAUUGAAGCAUCUAUUCAGACGCUCUCCAUUAAGCUCUGCACUGACACGGGUAAGCUUACCAAUGUACUUCGUGACGCUUAUGGCAGCAGUCAGCAUGAGCACCAAGAUCAAAAUCAUCUCGAAGUCUAUGCCGAUGUAUCUAGCCUAUGCAUGACUAGAAGUUGCACCGACAGGGAUAUGCGCUGCGCUCCAUACCUAUCCACACUGUGUUCGGACACGUAUCAAUACCUUGUUCAUAAGAACUUUGCCACGUACCUUACAUGGGCUGUCUACCUGCCGUGGGAUUUCUGGAAUCAACUGAAUAAUUUGUGUAACGCAUUCAAGAACAUUUUCUGCCAAGACUGGGGAUGCCAUACGUGUCUGCGUGCUGAGAAAUGUAAGCGUGGACAGCAUGGCCUCGUCGAGAAAGUUGAGAAUCAACCUGACAAGCCUCAUUGCAAUUGUCCAUCGAUGGUUCAGUGCAAGGGUGUAUCCGCAACACUGUACCAGUUCGGUUUCUGUUUUGGUAACGCGGCGACAUUAAAUAACGAGGCAUCGGCUAAGAAGUGUUCUGAUUUCUGCUCUCAGCUGGACAAGGUGUUGAAAUCGGAAUAUUUUGUUAAGCUGUUCAAAGAAUGUGACAUAUUCAUUUGGACUAUCAGAGAACCGUUCACCUACUUGGUUCUCGCGCUCUGGUCACUAUCCCUCUUCUACCUCAUCUGCGUCAUGGUUGGCAGACUGGAUGUGCUCCACAUCCGCUCACACCUGAGAUCACCAUCAUCGCACAGGAUAACGGCGCAGUCAUUGUUGGCUGCUGCGCAAGUCGGAAGGCUUGCCAAGAUAUCGUACCUUCAACCGUGA